AUUGCUCAACUAAAAAGUUUAUUGCAAGUGGUCACUAAUGUCCAAAGUACAAAUUAUUAUUACAGUUAUUGAUGACGUAUCAAUUAAAGGUGGAAAAGAGGUUACUAAAAUUUUAUCCGUUAUGACAUGUAAAAGUUAAUCCGAGAAUCCUGAAAAUCUCCGUCCGGAAAUGAGUUUCCGGAAAAUUGCUCUGCUUGGGGGAGGUCUGACCACGGUGGGAAGCUUGGUCACGCUCGCACAAAAUAAUUGGGACAUCAAUUCCAUUGGAGCUGUGCGGCUUGGGAGGGCUGUCUAUGCGACCGCAGCUAUUACGGCUGACUACAAGUUUAGCGUCUACUCCCGACACAUGCCUGAUGAUCCGGAACAAGUCAAACAGAUAUGGGCAGAUACCCAUAAAAGAUGCGCGGAACGAAUUCUGACCCUGUGUAAAUCUAAUGGUGGGGUGUUUGUGAAAGUGGGACAACACAUUGGGGCUUUGGAGUAUCUUCUUCCACCUCCGUACAUUGAAACCCUGAGCAUUCUUCACAGCCAAGCUCCAUUCUCGUCCCUCGACGAUGUAUACAAGGUCAUUCGUCAAGAUCUCAAGAUUCAAUCCACGGACGAAUUAUUUUCUGAAUUCGAUACGAACGCUCUGGGGGCAGCAUCGCUUGCUCAAGUAUACAAAGCUAAACUGCGAACUACUGGAGAAACGGUUGCUGUAAAAGUUCAGCACGCCAAUGUGAGAGCGCAUUCCUACGUGGAUAUGAAAACAAUGGAGAUUCUUGUCCGAACUGCAGCACUAAUAUUUCCAGAUUUUAAGUUGCUCUGGUUGGUGGACGAGACAAAAAAGAAUUUGCCGAGAGAACUGGAUUUUUUACAUGAGGGAAAAAAUGCAGAUAUGCUCCGAACACUAAUGACGCAUUGUAAAUGGCUCAAGAUUCCUAAAGUAUAUUGGGAACACAGCACAGAUCGUGUCUUGAUAAUGGAAUAUUGUGACGGUGGACAAAUAAACGACCUCGCAUACCUCAACAGAAAUGGAAUAUCGGCUCGCGAAGUUUCCGAAAAAGUGGGCCGACUUUAUUCUGAGAUGAUAUUUUCUCAUGGAUUCGUCCAUUGUGAUCCACACCCUGGGAAUCUUAUGGUUAAUCGAGACGUCAAUGGGGAUACACAGAUUUGCCUUUUGGACCACGGUCUCUACACAACGCUUUCUCCUGAAUUUCGCUACAACUAUGCCAACUUUUGGCUCAGUAUUAUCAACUCUAAUGUGGAAGGGAUUAAAGAGUAUGGGACAAACUUGGGCGUGGGUGAAUUGUAUGGCCUAUUUGCUUGCAUGGUGACGGCACGAUCAUGGGAAUCACUUUCGUCUAAGGAUGGUGUUGCAAAGAAACUUACGCCGGAAGAGGAACAAAAAAUUCGAAAAAACAUUGGAAAUUUUUUGCCCCAAAUAUCUGAGAUUUUAGAGCGCGUCCCUCGUCCGAUGAUUCUAAUCUUUAAAACGAACGAUCUUAUUCGUGGAAUUGAACAUGCUUUGAAGACGAGCAAAACGAUGAAGUCGUUUACAACAAUGUCCAAAUAUUGUAUUAGUGCAGUGUAUAAGGAGGACUUUCGACGGUGUGUGAAUCGUUUUUGGUGCUACCGAUACACUCUGAUGGAGGGGUGGUUACUUGCCAAAAUUACAAUGUUUGAACUCUUCCUUUGGGCGAGGUCACUGCUUUCACCCAUUCUGCGACUGGAAUCAAUGUGAGACAGUGUAAUACAAUGUGAUGAAUUACAUAUUUACUAAAUAUUUAACUAAAAUUUAGUUAUGUAUAGUAUAAUGGUGCUACGUAUCUGCAUGUGUUUAAUGUUAAUGCUCAAACAAUAGCUUAUAUAAUGACUUAUUAUUCCGACGAUGAAGGCUUUAUUCGACAAUAAUAACAUAAGAAGAUACAUAUA